GGGACUCCAGCGACCUGCAGUGCCAUUAGCAAAUCGUCGGUUUCCACGAAUCCAGGGAUACUACCCACCCAAACCCGAAGUUUUUUCUCGUUUAAAGGGUCAUCAAAAGUAUAAUAUGGCUUGGGCUGUGAAGAAUGGUUGGCUUGAUUAAUGUCAUUCAUUCUACAAUCCAACCACUUAAAAUAAAAUAUGCUAAAUUAUAUAUUACAUUUAAUGGAUUAGAAUGACUAAUUCACUGGGUUUUCUGACCAUACACCACAUUCUUAUUAAUUUUUACAUUUUCCUCUAUUUCUUAUUUUCUCAUAUUUUGACCUUGAUUUACACUUAUUUUAAGUAUAUUAUAUGUGUAUUAUAAGUAUUUCUUGUUCCCUGUUCCAUAUACAAUUUCAUGAGUCAUUUUAUUCCUAAUUGAGGGGAAUUUUGCCAUAAAAUCACAUUGUAGUUUUAAUCUAAAUACAAUUUUAAACACUAAUAUUAAAAUAAUGUAUAAAUAUAAAUUUAAUUUUUCAAAAUAAUAAAGGAAUAAUGGCCAAACUAGAACGGUCUUUAAAGAUUCCACCUGGAACAGACGCUAAACUGGGAAAUAAUUAUUUAAACAACCACAAUGGUGGGGAUUCAGACGAUUUUCGAUCAAAUGAAGAUGAAAUUAUGGACUUGGCCACUCUAUACGAUAAGCAGUUCCACGAGGUAAUUGGCCGUGAUCCAUACAGAUGUAAGCCCUGGAUAGAACAUGUGAAUCUGCUAAAAUCACUAAGACCUCCAAGGAAAACCCGCCAAUUGUACAGAAUUUCAGAUAUUUGGAAGCUUAACAGAGUGGAUCAGGCACCUGAACAGGGGAAAACAGCAGUCCUGUUAGGUGAUGUAUCAUACGAGAAUAUAAAUAACAAGAUAUUUAAAGCUUAUGAGAAAGCUGUAAAGUACAUUCCGCUUAGUUAUAAGGUUUGGUAUAAUUACGUUAAGGACCUGGUGGAGGAUCUAUCGGAACCAUUUGUAUCUAAUCCCCAGGCCUAUGAAAGAGUAAACUCGGUAUUUGAGUCUUGUUUGAUACAUAAUUUUGCAUAUCCGACCUUCUACUUGUUAUACGGAGCCUUUUUGAGAUUUCAGCAUCGCAUUACAAAGGUUAGACGCCUGUACGAUAAAGCACUACUUAACAUUGCAAUCACACAGCAUCACCUCAUCUGGGAUGAGUACCUCAGAUUUGUAAAUGAAGUGGAUUUGUUACCCCUUGGAAAAGCUGUUUACAGGAGAUAUAUACAGCUUAAACCCAGCUACAGAGAAGUGCUAUAUGAGUUUUUAAAGCGGCACGGAAGCUAUGAUGAUGCGGCUCAGGUGCUAUAUAAGCUUCUGAAUGACCACACUUUCGCUUCAGAAUCAGGCAAAUCUUCAUAUGAUUUAUGGAUUGAGCUCUGUGAGUUGAUUCGGGAUCACUCUGACGCUAUCACCAGUAUUCCAGUUGAAACGUUGAUUAAGGAGGGUAUCGGUAAAUAUACCGAUCAGGUUGCAACUCUUUGGAUUAUUCUGGCCGAUAUUUACAUUGUUAGAGGGCAACUUAACAUCGCAAGAGAUACAUACGAGGAAGCGCUGGAUAGAGUAACUACCGUUCAAGAUUUUUCAAUAAUUUUCGACGUUUAUGCCAAAUUUCUGGAAAAUUACGCUAAACAAUCGAAUAAACUAGGGACUGACCAUUUGGAAACCUUAAUGACCGUUGAGAGACUGGAGAGUUUGGUGAAUAACAGAGCACUGCUGUUGGCAUCUGUGAAGCUGAAGCAGAACAUUCACAACGUAUAUAACUGGAUUAAUUACAUACAACUGUUCAAAGAUGACCCGAACAGGAUGGUUGAGAUAUACGCUGAGGCGGUUCAGACUAUUGAUGUUUCCAAGAGCGUUGGCAGAGUUACUGAACUGUGGUCUCGUUUCGCAACAUUUUAUGAGGAAAGAGAGGAUUUAGAGAACGCAGAUAAGAUAUACGAAAAGGCGUCAAACUCAGAUUUUAAGUACGUGGACGACCUUGCAACGCUCUGGUGUUGUUGGGUUGAGAUGUACCUCAGGCACAAACAGUUUAAGAAGGCCCUUGAGAUUAGCCGUAGGUCUGUAAGCGGGAAUGGAAAAACAUCAAUUUCAAGGCGUUUGCACUCCUCUGUUAAGCUCUGGACACUGGCUCUUGAUAUGGAACAGAACUUUGGCACCAUUGAGACUACUAGAGCCACAUUUAACAAGAUGGUUGAGCUGAAGGUCGUUACACCUCAGGUUGCUCUUAGUUUUGCAGGCUAUCUUGAGCAAAACAAAUACUUUGAGGCUAGUUUCAAUGCCUUCGAGAAGUGUGUUGUUCUCUUCAAGUGGCCUCAGCUCUACUACUUGUACCUACCCUACCUGACCAAGUUCGUCAGAAGGUAUAAAGGCACUAAGUUGGAGCGUGCUAGAGAAAUCUUUGACCAAUGUCUUUACAACAGGGAGUUGAAGGUGCCUCCCAAGUUCGUCAAGUACCUUUUUUAUCUGUAUGCCAGCAUGGAGGAAGAGUAUGGCAUGGUCAAGAAGUUCCUUUCAAUACUCAACGAUGCUUGUAAACUGGCUGACAAGGAGGACCAACUCACGUUGAUCAAGUUUUACGUGGCUAAGACCUGUGAAUUCUUCGGAGUUACUCAAACAAGACAAAUUUACCAGCAGUGUCUUGAAUACGUCAAUGACGAUGUUGCUAGGGAACUAUGUUCCAUGUAUAUUCACAUGGAAAGGGGACUCGGGGAAAUCGAUCGAGCCAGAGCCAUCUAUAUCUACGCAUCACAGAUUUCGGACCCCUCAACAUACACCGAUUUUUGGAAGGGUUGGAGAGAGUUUGAGGUUUUACAUGGAAAUGAGGACUCUUUUAGGGAGAUGCUCAGGAUAAAGCGCAGUGUUCAGGCUCAGUACUCCAAAGUAUACUACAACGUCGAGGAGGUUGGCCAGGAUGACGACGACGAGGAAUUGGAAGAGAACCCACUAACCGAACUGGAGAAACUAAGUAAAACAUAAUGUACUAGUAAAUUA